AUGCUCGGUUUCUCCCUCUCCCGCCUCGGCGACCUCGACUACGACGGCUACUUCAAGCGCAACUUCGCCCUCGUCCCAGGGUACUGGUACUACUUCCGCAGCGGCUCCUACCGCUACGGCAUGCUGAUCCACCUCGCUGCCAUCCUCCCGGCAGGAAUCCUCAUGACCUUUCAAUUCACGCCGAUUAUCCGCCACAAAUGGAUCCUGUUCCACCGCCUCAACGGCUACGUCGUCUUGCUGCUGUGUCUGAUCAGCAACGCCGCCGCGUUCGUCGUCAUCCGGCACAAGCAAGGCGGCAACCGGAUUAGCAGCCACGCCGUCGAGACGCUCAUGGGCAUCAUCACCACGAUUGGGAUUUUCAUGGGCUGGUGGAAUAUCCGCCGGAAGCAGAUUGAGCAGCACCGUGCGUGGAUGCUCAGGACCAUGUUUUACAUGGCUGUUACAAUUACGGCGCGCGUCAUUAAUUUUGCGGCUAGAGAUAUUAUCACCAGGAUUGGAAAUUACUGGGCUGUGUGGAUGUGUGAUGAGAUUAACUUCCUGUAUAUGAAUUUGGGCAUGGAGUUUCCAAAGGAGACUUAUCCGGAGUGUAUUUUGCCGGAUGGAUCGCUGAAUCGCUGGAAGAGGGUUGCGGUUGCGGCGAGGGAGGAUCCGAAUCACUUGGAGCAGUUUGGUGCGAGUGCUGUGGCGCCCUUUAGCACUAUGCUGUGGAUUUGCCUGUUUCUUCACAUGAUCGGCGUGGAGUUGUAUUUGCGAAUGACGCCCAGAGAAACAGAAAGACUUCGUCAAAUCAGUUACGAGAAGCAGGUCGAGGCUGGUUAUCGUAACCCUGGCAGUGCGGGACUGGUCUUGGAUCGAUGGGCUGACGGAGAUAAGUGGACUCCCAACAAGUAA